AGCAGCUCGCAAUGGACAGUACCACAAAGAAUCAGUAAUCCCUCGCAUCACCCAGACACUUGACAGACACCACAGCUGAUCGGCAAUCUCAGUGUUUCAUAGGAAUAUCUAGAGAAAGUAGGAAAGUAAGACAGUAGAAAGAAAGAGGAAGUGCUUUGUGGAUUCCUCCUAAAAUAAAUAAGCUUUUUAACCUGCGAUCCAGACAGGCCAAUUUUUGUACACAUCUCUAGUUGCUGUAAAAACACAAUCAGCACAAUGGAAGAAGACAUGGAUGAGGGGCAGACCCAGAAAGGAUGCCUUGAGUGCUGCAUAAAAUGCCUGGGUGGGAUUCCAUACCCAUCCCUCAUAGCCACCAUCCUGCUGUAUGCGGGUGUGGCUCUGUUCUGCGGCUGCGGACAUGAAGCCCUUUCUGGCACUGUAACCAUUCUCCAGAACUACUUUGAGGUGGUGAGGAGCCCUGUGGACGCACUGGAUGUCUUUACCAUGAUUGACAUUAUCAAGUAUGUGAUCUACGGCAUUGCUUCAGCUUUCUUCGUCUACGGCAUCCUGCUGAUGGUGGAGGGAUUCUUCACCAGCGGAGCCAUUAAAGACCUGUAUGGAGACUUCAAGAUCACCACCUGUGGACGCUGUGUCAGCGCUUGGUUCAUCAUGCUGACAUAUAUCUUCAUGCUGGCUUGGCUCGGAGUGACUGCCUUCACCUCCCUCCCAGUCUUUAUAUAUUUCAACAUCUGGAAUAUCUGCCAAAACGCCACGGUGCUGGAGGGGGCCACGCUCUGCCUGGACCCACGCCAGUACGGUAUUGUGCCAAUUGCUGAGGCGAAAACUGUGUGUGCUGGAUCAGAGAAGUUCUACAAGAUGUGUGAAUCUAAUGAGCUGGACAUGACAUUCCACUUGUUCAUCUGUGCCCUUGCUGGAGCAGGAGCUGCUGUUAUUGCUAUGAUCCACUACUUGAUGGUGCUGUCUGCCAACUGGGCCUACGUGAAGGACGCCUGCCGAAUGCAGAAGUACGAGGACAUCAAGUCGAAGGAGGAGCAGGAGCUUCACGACAUCCACUCCACUCGCUCCAAGGAGCGUCUCAACGCCUACACAUAAAGACCAGCGUGAGGCCUGGCCCUGCCACUCCGGCCUCUCUCCCUCUCUCUCUCUUCUUGCUUUCUAUCUGUCUCUCUCUACCAUCCCCUCCCGAGGGGGGGGCGGAUGGCGCCUAGGGCCCUCGCCACUGCUGAUGUCACUGGUGCGUCAUAUGACAAUGUGGUCUGGGGGGGUUGCGUCACACAAACCUCCUCAGUCACAAACAGCAUUUCAGAUGAAAAAAGCCCCUUUACCUCUCUCAUGGAUGGUGUUAUGAUUAUUAUCAUUAUGGCAGUUGUAUUAUUCUUGAAUAAGAGUUGCUUAGUGCCGAUCGUAGUUUUAGCGUAGUUGGUAGAAUUAGAAGUAGCAGUAGUAUUUUUUGCUUUUACUUUGCUUUUUAUUAUUUUUUACUUCAAAUAAUUUGUGUAUAAUUGUUUUUUAUUUUUUCUUAAAUUUUAUUUGAUACUAAGUGUCAUUUUGCUCUCAUGCAUAAUUUAUUUUUUGCUGAUUUCUGAGGGGGUCAACAGGGGCUUCAAAGGGUUUUCAAGCACAUUUCUCAUGUCGUGUGUCUGGGGAUUUCUUGUUCCAGAACUAUGUACUGUAUGUGAAUGGGUGGUUAGUUUUGAAAAUAUUUUAAAUCUCACAACACAACUAUGAAGCAUUGCAAGCCUUUGCCAUACCAGUAUUCCCAGGGAUUAAAACCACUUUCACGUGAAAGCUGUUAGAGCUGUUUUUCCAUUUGAACUUCUACGAAUGCAAGUCAACACAGUAAUAAAUACCAAAUCAAAGUAAAUCAAAUAUUUGCUAGAUGUGCCAAGCCUGUUAAAGAGGGGGAAAAAAGGACUUUAUAGUCAGAUUUUAGAGACAGGAUUAGACAAUUAAAGUUAAAUUGUGGGUUAUUUUAUGAUAAUCUUGCCAUUUAAAUAUAUUUUAGGACUUUGAAUGAUUCCAUUGUCUUCGAAUCACGAGCCACAAAAGCACAUGCAAACAUGCUUUCAUAAUCCCUUUUUUAAUUUCUUAAAAGCGGAACUUUAUAAAUACUAAACUCCUGUUUUUGCAGAACUCUGCACUGUAUAUACUGAUAUAUCAAAGCAUACCUAUAUGUUAAGCACUGACAUUUAAGGACAAUUCAUGUGAGAAUAAGAAGAAAUCGGUCCAAUCUGCAUCAGUCUCAACCGAAAAGAAGGCCUGACAAAAGUUGUUGGUGUAAUGGCACUACUUGGUGGAGUUUUCAAAUGUGAGAAAAGUGUGUGUCACAGUAUUUUUGUUCAUGACAGUAACUGUAUUGCUUACACAUCCCGAUGCCAUAAACUACAGAGGUGACCUGUCAGUUCAUUGCCUGGCAAUUUUUUUUUUCUUUGGUCAGUAUUUCUCAAAGCUAGUUUCAUGCACUUAUUUGACCAUUUCUGUGCUCUCUCUAGAUGUAAGCGCAUUGGUGUUCAACUCAAAGUUGGAUAACUGUACUGUUAGUAAAGACUGUGAAUUUAGAUGUUUUUCGUGGCAUGGACAUGCAUUAAUAUAGUCUUAUUGACUCAGAAGUUACUUUAUUUCACUUGUUUAUUUUUACACUUUUGACUGUCUUGCUGGAUCAACCCUUUGUUUAUAUGUGCAGUACUAAACCUCCCACGCUUACUGCGUUAUGCUACUGAUAUUAGAGACUGUAGUCUUUGAGUUGUGUCUAUUUAGUUUGUGAUGAGCUUUCAACCAUGUCUUAAAGCUAAUACUUGUACCAACAUUGCUUACUCUGUAAUGAUCUGAAAAAAUGCUUUCAGCUUUCUCCUUGUAUUAGUCUUUUGUACUUUCACUACGGAUGCUUAGUAGCAGGCUUUAAAUCAAAUCUGUUUUGUACAUUCAUGUGCCAACAGCUUGAAGUGGCUUAUUUGACCUGUAUGAUCAAAUUUGCUUGCAUAAAUAAAAUUCACUUGUGUACUUGUUAAUAAAUAC